AUGGCUACCACAGGCCUGACCCCCAAGCAAGAAGCCGCUUUUAGACGAAGCAAGCAACUCUCGGUCCAGCAGCGCGAGGAACUGUUAAAGCCUUUCCUUCCCUCUGAACCAUCGGAUAGCGAAAAGGAAGCGCAAAAGAAGAAGGCCCUUCGCGACCGCCGCCAACGCGCAUCACAGAACCGCAAGCCUCUUGCAGGCCCCAUCAGGACCUUCCUCCAUCUCGCUAUCUACCAUGUCGUCGCGCUCCUGUUCAGCAUCUUUUUCCGUUUCCGCCGCGCCUACCGACUCGUGAGAGGGAAAGUUGUCUCUCUGCUCAAGUACCAUCACCGUACGCCAGAGUUCAUAGCCCACGAUGUCAAGGACCUUGAGAAACUGCCGAAGCACCUCAGUGUCAUUGUUGAAUAUCAAGAGGACGAUGGAAGCCAGGGUACAGCCGGAUUGGAAGGAUUAGUGAACGAUGUCUGUGAGAUAGCAGCCUGGGCAGCGAGUGCCGGCAUACCGUUUCUGAGUGUCUAUGAACGGACGGGCGUACUCAAGAACUACCUGCCUCAAACCCACGCCUCCAUCUGGUCAACCCUAGAAGCCUACUUCGGCCCCCGUAGAAAGCCCACUCUCUCCCUUCGCGCACCCCACCUAUCAUCAUACUCCCCUCCCAACACGCCUCCUCAGAGCGCCGAUGACGAUCUUAAAGAGGACGAACGUCAGCACCUCACCGUUCUCCUUCUCUCUGAACACGACGGCCGCGACACCAUCGUCGACUUGACACGCACACUAGCCGAGAUGGCGCAAAAGGGCGAUGUAAGACAAGAGCAGAUCAACACCGAUUUGAUUGACGCCCAGUUGAACGACCAUGUCUCGAGUGAGCCGGAUCUCUUGAUUCUCUUUAGUCCUACAGUGCAACUCAAGGGGUAUCCACCGUGGCAGCUAAGGUUGACCGAGAUCUUCCACCUGCCGGACAACAAGGGUGUCAAUUAUCAAGUCUUCUUACGAGCCCUGUAUAACUUUGCAAAGGUUGAGAUGCGCCUUGGAAGGUAG